AUGAAGGGAAAGCUUAGGAGGUGGAGUGAAGAGGUAUUUGGAUGGUACGAUCUGAAAGUUAAAGAAGAAGUGGAUAAGAUUAAUGAGAUGAACAAUCAAUUAUAUGAUCGUGAAGAAGCAAAAGGGACGGAGCUUAUUAUUAUAAUAUCUUUAGCUUGCAAAACUAUGUCGAGAUAUUUAUACAUCAAAGACAAUAUGUUGAUUCAAAAAGCUAGAGUGAGGUGGAAUCAUGAAAGAGAUCUUAACUCUAAGUUUUUUCAUAAUGUAGUAAAUGGUAGGGCUAGAAGAAAAUACAUUGAAGUUGUUAUCAUAGAUAAAGGAAUGGUUGAAUCAGUUGAUGAAGUCAAGGAUGAAGUUUGGAGUUUCUUCAAGAAUAAAUUCUUUGAACCUAAAGAGAACAGACCGUUCUUGGAAGACUUUAAUUUCAAAUCCCUCAAUGUGGUUGAAGUCGAAUAUCUGAAGGCUCUUUUCUUAGAUAAGGAAAUCAAAGAAGCCGUGUGGAGUUGUGAUGGAUCUAAGAGUCUAGGACCUGACAGAUUCUACUUUGUUUUCAUAAAUGGUUGCUGGAACAUUCUAAAAUAG